AUGGUCUUCCACCCUAGAAUCUGCCCGUUGUUUAAUCCUUCUUGGCAGAGUUAUAAUAUUAGUGGCAAAAAAACUUUCGUUUUGAAAGAAAAAUUUAAACUUUUGAGGGAGAGCUUGAAGAAUUGGAAUAAAGAGGUGUUCGGCUUUCUUGAUCUUAAUAUAGAGAAGACAAUCACAAAUAUUAAUGAGUUUGAAGAUCUUUUGGCAAACUCCGAUGGGGAUUUAGAUGAUCUCAAACUAGAAGGGUUGAAUAAGGAAUUUUGGAAGCAACUUCAUUUUAAGGAGAGUCUACUCAAACAGAAAUCGAGAACAACAUGGAUUAGAGAAGGUGAUUCAAACUCUAAAUAUUUUCACCAAUCCAUUAAAAGCAGAAGAAGACGCAAUCAAUUAGUGGCUCUGAAAGAUGGCAAUCAUUGGGUUCAAGGAGUAGAUGAUGUUAAGUCCUUUGUAAAGAAUUUUUUUGAAAAGAACUUCACUGAGGAAUGGAGCAACCGUCCCCUUCUUGAUGGCGUUUCUUUUAACUCUUUAUCAGAAACAGAUAACUAUACUCUUUUGGCACCUUUUUCUGUUGAGGAAGUUCGUGAUAUUCUGAGCAGCUGUGACAGAAAUAAAUGCCCAGGUCCUGAUGGUUUUAAUUUUAAUUUCUUGAAGACUUGUUGGGAUGUGUUACAAGCUGAUGUAAUGGAGUUCUUAAUUGAAUUUCAUAGCAAUGCCAUUCUUCCAAAAGCGAUCACAGCUUCUUUUUUGGCGUUAAUACCAAAGAAGGACCACCCUCAGGUUUUGGCAGCUCGGUUAAAAAAGGUGAUGGGAAAAUUGAUUUCAGAAUGUCAAACAGCCUUUCCACCUAAUCGUCAAAUUUUGGAUGGUGUCUUGGUUGUAAAUGAACGGAUUGAUUUGGCUAAGAGAAGAAAAGACAAGUGCUUGUUGUUGAAACUCAAUGUUCGUGCUAGACUGCUAGUAAAUGGUAGUCCUACAGAGGAUUUCUUAGUUGGCAAAGGGCUGAGACAAGGUGACCCGCUAUCUCCAUUCCUUUUCUUGAUCGCUGCGGAAGGACUCACUCGGUUGAUGCAAAAGGCUGUUGAUAAUAGUAGUUUCCAUGGGUUUAAAGUUAGAGAUGAUCUUCAUUUUCACACACUCCAAUUCGCAGAUGAUACUGUUUUGAUCGGUGAAGGAAAUUGGGAUAAUUUAUGGUCCAUUAAAACGGUGCCGAGAAGUUUUAAAUUGGUGUCCGGUUUGAAGGUUAAUUUCUUCAAAAGCAUUCUGGUGGGUGCCAACCCAAGGAGGAAGAUAACCUGGAAUCCUAUUGUGGUAGCAAUGAAGAAGCGUCUAAAUGCUUGGAAUGGUCGGCAUUUAUCUAUUGGUGGAAGAGUAACGCUUAUCAAUUCGCAUAGAUAUGGGAAUAUGGUAGAUAAUUUUAUGUCGCAAUCAACCAACGAUGUAAAAGGACACUCAUUGUGGUGGCGCGAUAUCAUGAAGAUUGGGGGAGUUGUGAAUGGAGAUUGGUUCAAAAAAAACGUGAGCAAUGUGUUGGGUGAUGGUAUUUCUUUGAGAUUUUGGCAUGAUGUUUGGUUGGGACCAGUUUGUUUUAAGCGUUUAUUCCCUCUUUUGUUCAAUAAAGCUUUGUAUCCAAAUAUAGUGGUAGGUGCUAGUGGUAUGUGGCAAGAUCACACUUGGGUGUGGAAGAUGGAAUGGAGUUUGGUCUUAUCUGCAGCUGAGCAGGAAUUAGCGCAAGAGUUAUACACUUUGUUGACAGGAUUUUUCCCUUACCCGAAUGACAAAGAUAGCGUUAGAUGGAACAUACAUCAAACCGGUCAGUUCUCGGUCCAUUCGACGUAUGUGUUCUUACUAUCUCGUGUUGUUACUUUGGCAAUUGAAGAGAACGUGGUGGAAGCUUUGAAUCAAUUAUGGACAAAUGACUUGCCAUCUAAAGUGAGUAUAUUUGGAUGGAGAUUAUUAUUAUCUAGACUACCAACUCGUAUGGCGUUGGCGAAAAAAGGUGUUAUUGUUAAUCCGCGAUUUAAAGUGGUGGAAUCAGAAAUGGAAGAUAUCGAUCUUGAUCUUGGGGUAUGA